CAAUAUAGUUUGCUUCAGCAACUCGAUUGCAAUGUACUCGCCUCUCUUGAACGAGACGUUCUCUUUCAAGUAUGUGUGUGUGUGUUUGUUUGUGUGCCUUUGCAGCUGUGCCAGUUGUGUUUUGCGUGUGUGACGCGCUGUUCGAACGAGUUCGUGUAUAAAGCAAGUUUAAAUACAAUUUACUCAAUUAUUGCUCGCUAGUUUAUUGUUUGACUGUUAAGUCAUGGCUGUUAGCAGUUCACCGAAUAGUGCUGCACAUAAGUGGAGUGUGAAACUGUUGCGCGCUGUGGAGAAAAGGCCGGUUUUGUAUGAUCGAACUGCAGAAAAUUACAGGAAAAAAAUGCCAUCGGAUAAUGCCUGGGACUUGGUGGCUUCGGAGUCAGGAGAGCCCGUUGAGGUAUGCAAACGACGCUAUCGACAAAUUCGAAACGAUUACUCCCGAUUUAUUGCGUCGGACAUUCAGCGACAGCGAACUCAUCCGAAGCGAGCGCACGAAUCGAAGCCAUAUUACUUGGGCAACGAGCUUAAGUUUCUCGAGCCGCAUAUGCACACAGAGAAGGACUCGCUUGAUCACGAGCCGGAGCGUAAAUCGAAGAGCGCAGAGCGAACACCAACGCAUAAAAGCAAAAAGAAGGACACAGUCGAGUCAGUCGAGAAGCAGCCGCUGGCCAAGCCACAAGAGUCCGAGACGAACAACAACAACAACAACAACAAGAGCAAAGCGCGAACUGAAGAAAAGCCGAAACUGAAAGGAAGAGAAGACACAGCCGGAGGCAGAAGACAGUCGAAGGGCAGUGAAGACUCUGAGGAGCCGGAGGAACCACCCAGCAAGAAGAAAUCACUGCAUCGCGAAGAAGAAGAAUCAGCAUCAAUUGACGAGCAGCCGUUUGGUGACUCACCACAGCCGGAGUUCUUCAUCAAGCACAGCGCCUCAUCCAAUUGCCUGAUCAUUGGCAAAAAGCGCGCAGCUUCUACUGCAACCGAGGAUCCGGAUCCGCUUGGCGGCGACAACAUGAGCGACGACAGCGCCGACGAAACUCAAAGCAUUGGCGGUGGCCGCCGCCCGCGACGCGCAGCCGCAGCCGCUGCCAAGCGCAAUGCCAGCCUAGCGGGCAGCAUCAAGAAGCUGCCCACGGACACGCGACUGCAGCGUCUGCAGCGACGCCAGUCCCUGACUAUGGCUGUGGCCAGCAGCCUGCGCAGCUCCACCUCCCCAGUCAAGAUGGCGCCGCUGCCGCGCAACAGUUUGCCCCAGACAAAGCCGCCGUCGCAGUCGUCACCAGCGCCAGUGGCCAAGUCCAACAGUCGCGAUGAUAUUUUCCCAGCCCACGUUCGGCCACGCAGGCGCCGCCACAGCAACGCGUUCCAAGUGCCAACGGCUAUGCGGGGUCCUGGACGUCCACCACGUGUUAGCUCCCUCGCUCUGCCGCCUGCCGUGAUGAAUGAGCUGAUACGCAGCUCAAUGACGCCCAAGACCAGCACCACCAGCACCAUCAGCAGCGCUGCUGAGGUCUUCAAGCUGCCCGCCAGUCCGUCGUCAGUCGUCUCGCCGCCAUCGCCCACAGCUGCUCCUGCUGCUGCUGCUGCUGUCUCAACUGCAGCCACAUCGGUGGCCUCGCGCUUGGUCUCGGCCAGCAACACGCUGGUGAUCAGCACCACCAGCUGUCCCAUUAGCCAGCCAGCCAGCAGCAGCAGCUUGGCGCUUAGCAUCAUGCCCAGCACCACCAGCACCGCCUCCAUAACAGCAUCGCCCAUUCUGAGCAGCGGCGCGCCCUUUUUGGGCAACGCUCGACUCAUUCGACGCAUCGAGCGCAGCUGCCAAACCGACGGGCCCGACAUCUUCUCCGACGAGCAUUUCCUCAAUACAAUUCUGCCCCAGAUGCGCGAGAUGAACGGACGCCAGAAGCUGCUCUUCAAGCAGAAGAUCUUCAAGGCGCUCAUGGAGACCUUCGACGAUGCCACCGAGUUCCCCGAGAAGGGCGAAGUGCAGCAGCAUUUCAACAUCAAUACGCCCUCGGGCUAUGAGAACGUCACGGAUGCCGAAAUGCGUCUCAUGCGUGAGCUGGCCAGCAUCAUCUGCGCGGCCAAGCACACGGCACAGCUCAGUGCACCAGCGGAGAAGAGCAGCGCGUCAGCGAAUUCAACGCCGCCCAUGUCGCAUUCGCCGCUCAUAGUCAAGGCCAAGACGCCCACCAUUCAGCGCAUGCAGCGGCCCGCGGCCUCGCCCAUUGAGGAGAAGCGACUCUAUCGCAUUAUGCAUGUGGCCGGAGGCAACAAGGUGCUCGCUACUGCGGUGCGCCAGGAUAGCGUCGAUAGCAACAGCAGCCAGGUGAGCAAUCGCGCCAAGCCCUUUGCCGUGCCCGGACUGAAGCCAGCGCGCUCCACGGACUCGCUAGCUACGCCAGCGAAGAGCGGCGUCAUCGCCAAAGCAGCCACGCCCCCCGUCACAUUGCCCAUACCCAACAUGACGGAACCUGCGCUGCUGCGCCAGAUGAGCAGACGCUACUCGAUUUGCGGCAGCGGUGGCGGCACCAGCACCACGCUGGCCGCGCCCAUGCCCGGCAAGCUGCUCACCCAGGACAACUCGCUGCUCAAGCGUCGCAUUACCCCCGUCACCCAACUCAACGUGCCGAUGCAGCAGCAGCAGCAGCGCAGUCGCUACAACAGUCCAAUGCUCAAUCCCGCUGGCCUCACACCCAACAACAGUUUGCUGGUGCGUCGUCCGCCGGGCAAGCAGACCUCGCCCUUGGCUGCAAUGCAGCGCACUCCGCAGAUCGCCACCAUUCAUGGCGGCGCCGUCUUUGGCGACUUUCCCACGCCCAGCACAGUGCGCGCCAAUGUCGCUGCCGCUGCCGCAGCGCUGUCGCCGCAGAAGCGUCUGAUCGUUGCCAAUGCGAAGAGCAAUGCACAGCAGAAGCCUUCGCCGCCACUCGGAGCCAGACCGCCGGUGGUGCUGAUGCCCAAUCCCAAUGCACAGGCCAAGAGCAGCUCCUCGAACGUCGCCUCGCUGCUGUCCACCAAAGACUCGCGCUCUCGCAGCCAAUCGCCCAAGCAGCGCAGUCGCCUGGAAUCGCAAACUGCAGGCGUCAUCGAAGCCGACAACUAUGAGAUGCCGCGCCUGAAGCGGGAGCCGCUGGACGAAGACGAGCUGGACAUGCUGCAGCCAGAUCACACCGAUAUACUUGGCAUAUAAUACGAAUUCUAGUUCUAAGCUCCCCUACACCCCAUGAAGCUGUAAAACAAAUAAUAUUCCAAAAAAAUAUUGAACUAAAAUUAUAUUCAAACUA